AUGACCUCCCAGCCUCUCCCAAUCUCCACCAGCGAAACCACCUCCUCCACGACGACCACCACCACCACGACAACCCUCGCCUCCCUUCGCACUUUCCUCACGCGACUCUUCUCUUCCCUCCGCGCCACCCUCUCCCACCGCCGUCCCUGGCUCGAACUCGUAGACCGUACCUCCUUCUCCCGCCCGCUCUCCCUUUCCGACGCCACCACGCGAGUACGCAAAAACUUCUCCUACUUCAAAAUAAACUACCUCACCAUACUCGCAAUCGUACUCGCUUUCUCCCUCCUCUCACAUCCCUUCUCCCUCCUCACCCUCCUCUCCCUCGUCGCCGCCUGGCUCGGUCUCUACGCUUUCCGACCUUCAGAUCAGCCCCUAGUGGUUCUCGGCCGCACGAUCUCGAAUAGAGAGACCCUGGGGAUUUUGUGUCUGGUCACGGUUAUCGUAGUGUUCUUGACGAGCGUGGGAUCGUUGAUUAUAACGGCGGUUUUGGUUGGGGUAGGGAUUGUGUGUGUGCAUGGUGCAUUUAGAGAUCCCGAGGAUUUGUUUAUGGAUGAUCAAGAAAUCGCGGGGUCCACUGGUUUGUUCUCGUUUAUUGGUGGGUCUUCUGCAGGGUCCAAUGUAAUACCUCUAGUUUGA